AUGGUCGUUAAGUAUCAACCACGGAGGAUCACCAGUGGAUAUCAGAUUUUUGGAAUUUGGAGUAGUCGACAUAACUUAGGCGGCGUCUACGAUAACACAGACGAGCUGUCCAGCUUCAACAGUUCUUCGAUGUCGUACCUCAUGUUCCUCCUCACAGGCAGGAUCGACAAGAGGUCCCUGGCUGUCCGAGUGGAUCAGGACAUGACGGUCGUGAGGAACUGCACUGACGACUGCGACAUAACAACGACCGAGAUGCCUACGACGACACCAACUGCGACACCCACAAUAUCUAGUACGACUGAGUCAUCGCCAACUACAACUACCAGACCGACAACAUUCGAAACGACAAUUAUUCCAACCACAACUGAGACUCCCACGACAACCGUUAUAACAGAGACAAGUACGACAGCCCCAACGACGGAGACAAUUAGAACUACUCCUUUCCCUCUGCCGAACACAACAACAGCUGGUCCAAUUAUUAUUGAGCCCAUAGAUCCGAUUCCCGAGGAGGAAGUCGAUACCAUCGUGCAAGUGAUCGAGGACGUUGACUGCUUUGAUUGCAAUGACACCAUGUCAGAGUAUUCCCAGAGUGUUAUCAUCGAAAAUAAAUAUGAAAUGGAUGAUUUCGAAAAAGCUUUGAGCAGACUGCAGGAGAGCGAGAAUAGUCAUUGCGUGAUUGAAGCUAUUUAUUCCCAAGACGCCAAUGCCACAGCGAAUGCAACCUGGUACUAUAUGGAUCAGCAAGAACUUGUCUGGACAGAAGUGGAGGAGGAAUACGAGAGCGACAUCCACAUCGGCCACGGCCUGGUGGUGAUUCUUCCUCUGAUUCUGAGCAACGGGUCUUGGAGUUACGUCAUCCUCGUGAGAACUUACGUCGACAAGCCGGCGAGCCCCAUUGUGCAGAUCCAGCAGGCGUUCGUAGACCACAGCGGCUGUGGCUGCGUGGGUGAGAAUGCCACUGAAGACGGAACUAAUGUGGCAAAUUAUGUGUCCCAGCACUUUGAGCACAGAUCUAACUACAGCGACCUCGCACUCGACCUGGACUCCAUGACAGAUUACAUCAAGAUGCUCGAGGCCGUCCCACCUUUCGAGCGGCAGUACAUAGACAUCAUUGCCAUUAACGAAAUCGAGGGCCCCGACUGCAAUGAGACAACCACGAUGGAACCAACCACUACGGUGGAAACAACCACGCCAGAGGAAACCACUACCACGGUGGAAACAACCACCACAGGGGAAACAACCACACCGACAGUGACUACGACAACACCGACUAAGACAACCACAAAGGAACCCACCUUCGAGAUAAAACCUUUCCCAAAGCCCAAAGAAGAGACGAUAAUACAGGUGGACGAGCACUAUGAAGCUAAUGCUGACUGUAAUGAUACUGAGAGCAACUUCCUCCAAGAAGUCGUUAUAGACAACGAUUUCGACAAGGAUGAUUUUGUUUACGCUCUUCAUAGACUGAAAGCGAGCGAGGAAAGCCACUGUGUGAUCGAAACGGUUUUCUCGCAAGACUCGAACAUCUCUGCCAAUUCAUCCUGGUAUUACAUGGAUGAAAACGACCUGAUUUACCUAGAGGAGAAGGAGUACCAGAGAGAUGUGCAUAUUGGCCACGGUAUAUUGGUCGUCUUGCCUUUGAUAAGCGUCGACGGCACUCCCACGUUCGUCAUCCUGCUAAGGACUUUCACGGACGAACCCGCCAGUCCUAUCGUUCAAAUCGCGCAAAGCUUCCAAUCGCACAGAGACUGCGGUUGUUUGGGCGACAACGGGGUCGAAGAUUUGGGCAACAGAACGGAUGAUGUGAUGCAUUCUGUGAUACAACACUUCACUGAAAUAUCGUAUUAUAACGUUAGCAAUAUGGACUUGGACUCUCUAACGGACUACAUGCAGAUGUUGGCUGCAGUCCCCGCUUUCGAACGUCAUUUGACAGAUAUUAUUGUCCAAAAUGUUUUUGAAGAAGAGUGUGAGGAAAAUGAGACAACCACCAUUUCAAGUACAACAGAAACUACCACAACCACCUUUACAACAUCGGAACCUACAACAAUUCCAACGGCAACGGAAUCCACAACGUCAACGGAAACAACUACUGCAGUGCCAGAAUCCACAUCCUCAACGGAGGAAACAACCACUACCACAACGACGGAACCAUUAACAAACAUAACCACUACAACAACAGGAACAACGGCAACCACCACGGCAACCACCACGUUCGAGAUCGAGCCGAUUACGAAGCCCAAAGAAGACACGAUAGUGCAGGUGGACGAGCACGUGGACACCGACGUUGACUGCAAUGACACUGACAGCAGCUUCUUGCAGGAAGUCAUCAUCGACAACGAGUUCGACAAGGACGAAUUCGUGCACGCUGUUCACAGACUGAAAGCGAGCGAGAAAAGCCACUGUGUGAUCGAAACGGUUUUCUCGCAAGACUCGAACAUCUCUGCCAAUUCAUCCUGGUAUUACAUGGAUGAAAACGACCUGAUUUACUUAGAGGAGAAGGAGUACCAGAGAGAUGUCCAUAUUGGGUAUGGUGUUCUGGUGAUCUUACCUUUCGUAGACGUCGACGGCUCUCUCGUGGUCGUCACUCUAUUCAGGACCUUCACGGCCGAACCAGCCAGUCCUAUCGUUCAAAUUGCACAGAGCUUCCGAUCGCACAGAGAUUGCGGGUGCAUCGGCGAGGGCGAGGUCGAAGGUCUGGGCAAUGGGACGUAUGACGUGACGAGUUCAGUGAUACAACACUUCAGCGAAAUAUCAAGUUAUAAUAUCAGCGAUUUGGAGUUAGAGUCCCUCACAGACUACCUCCAGAUGCUGCAAGCCGUGCCUCCCUUCGACCGUCACUUGUUCGAAAUUAUUAUCCAUAAAACUCUUGAGGAAGAAUGUGAGCAGAAUGAAACAACCACCAUUUCAACUACCACAGUUACUACAACACCGGAACCUACAGUCACCGUAGAUACUACAACACCGGAACCUACAGUCACCGUAGAUACUACAACACCGGAACCUACAGUCACCGUAGAUACUACAACACCGGAACCUACAGUCACCGUAGAUACUACAACACCGGAACCUACAGUCACCGUAGAUACUACAACACCAGAACCUACUACCACUGCAGUUACUACAAUACAGUCACCGUAG